AUGAAUGUUAUAUAUCCCUUUUUGGAUCAGYUAGAUAUUGAUAAUUUCGACAAUGAUGUAUUAAAUGGAUAUAUUGCAGAAGAUUAUAAUGAUAUAUGUGUGAACUUACUUACAAGGCACGGUAGUGAUGGAAAAAGCGAGAAAAUUAAAAUUUGUAAUAAACUUGUUAGAAAUCUUCAAUCUUUAAGCGACCCGGAAGAAAAUGCCAAUCAAUACCAAUGUGUUUGUCUCUCGAGUUGGCUAUAUAAAACAGUACAAUCUUCCCAUGUUACUACUGAUUUUUUACGUGAUAUUUACCGCGAUUUAGGGAAGCUUACGGAGAAUAUGAUUCCUUUCCUUAAUGAAUGUAACCAUAAUAAUUUCGAAGUUAUAAAUACAGAUCCAGAAAAGUUAAUUAAAUUUUAUAGUUUUUCAAUUAGUAUUAAUAAAAUAAAAAGUGUUGUGAGAUUGGGUAAAUCCUAUGAUCACCAUAAAGCUCUUAUUGAGUAUGUUAAUGAGUGCAUUGAUAUAUAUAAGAGGUACAUAAAUACGUAUAGUGGGCCCCAAUGCGACAAUGCUUUAUGUGAUGAGUUGCUUCAAUUUGAGGAAUUAUAUGAAGAAUUAAAAAGGGAUUUUUCAGAAUAUGAAUAUAAUAUACCCAAUUUACAAAGUACCCCAGGUAAAAAUGUAGAAAAUUUUUCAUUAAAUGUCGAAGAAAACGUAUUACCUGCUAGUAAUAGUGAUGUUCAAACUAAUGAAAGAAUUGCUCCAGGUAGCACAAGUACUUCCAAAAUAGUAACUAUGGGUACUUUAAUAUCUGUACCUGUUGUUUCCUUUUACGCCUUAAAGUUUUCUCCAUUAAAUCAUUGGUUACGUGAUAAUACAAAAAAUAAAAACAGACUAUCAAGUGAUAUAGGUGAAUUAACUGAGAAAUUACAAAAUGACUUCGAAAAAGAAUACUUAAAAUCGGAUGAUUCCCAGAUUCACAUAGGAUAA